AUGCUGAUGGAAGAGCUUGUGGCCAAGCUCCCAAUAAGCAAACGAGUGGACUGGGCAAGGCACCCUGCAACUAUUCGGCCCUAUCCGACGAUUGUGGACUUCAGUUCGUGGUUGACGGAACUAGCCAACGUGGUCUGCAUGGUGGCCGACAUUGAUGGAAAGGAGCCAAGGCGUCGAUUGCUUCAUGCCAGCGUCGACCGAGAGCAGGAGGAGCAACAGGAGAGCUGCCGCAGGAAUUGUCCAAUUUGUGAAGGCCUUGGACAACAUGCAGUUCGGGACUGCCAACGAUUUAUUGGAGCCACACCUACAGAGAGGUGGAGACUCGCAAGAAGACAUCGCCUAUGCUUCAUGUGCUUGCAAAGCGGGCAUAUGACUAGAUCCUGCGCUGCGUCAGGAGAGUGCCCCAUGAAUGGAUGCAGGAGGAAGCACCACCGUCUUCUUCAUGAGGCAAACAAUGAAGGCUUCAGGAGACCGCCACAGCGAGGCGGCAAUUGGAGAAGCUACAACCGGCAGGCCGCCGGACCGAGGGAAGGCGUCCGAGUGAAUGGAGGAGCAGCCUCAUCCGUGGAUGCUUCUGCAACGCCGGAGAGAAAUUUGAGCUGUGUCGACGAGGACCGAGAACGACUUCUGUUCCGUGUAUUGCCGGUGACGCUAUACGGAGGUGGGAAGCAGGUGGAUACGUACGCUCUUCUGGAUGAAGGUUCUUCGGUGACGAUGGUAGACAACGAGCUGGUUGCAGAGCUAGGCGUACAAGGAGUACGUCGUCAGCUGAACGUUCAAUGGUUCGGAGGCACGGCCACAAGAGAGCCUAUUAACGUGGUACGUCUGCAGAUCAGUAGAGCAGGCAAGUCCUCCCGACAUGUGCUGAGGAACGUCUAUGCCAUUUCGAACUUGAGUCUGCCGAUGCAGAGCCUGCACAGAAGGGAUGUUAGGAGCGUGAACAAGGACGCUCUAUUACCAAUGAAGCCCUACGUAAAUGCAGUGCCGAAGCUGCUUAUUGGUUUGGACCAUGGGCAUCUAGGACUGCCAUUGAAAACGAGACGGUUUGCCAGCGAGGGACCGUACGCUGCCGCAACCGAAUUAGGAUGGGUUGUUUUUGGGCCUGUAGAAGGACGACGAGACACGCCAUCACCGAGGUCUUGUCUGCUAGCCACGUCGUUGGAUGAUAACGUGGAACGGAUCGUCGAGGACUACUUCGAGAUCGAGAACUUCGGUGUGAAGGCGGCGCCAGCGGCCACAGCCAGCGACGACGUGAGGGCUCAGAAGAUCUUGGAGGAUACUACGGUGCGAGUUGGCCGCCGAUACCAGACGGGAUUAUUGAGGAAAACGGAUAACAUUGUGCUGCCACGUAGUUAUAAUAUGGCGUACAAUAGAUUGGUCAACAUCGAGAAGAAAAUAAAGCGAGAUGGGCAGUUCGCCCAAGAAUAUUCACGGAUUGUUAAUGAUUAUAUCGACAAGGGAUACGCUCGGCGUCUGGAACGACAGGAUUCGGGAAGCGAUAGAACAUGGGAAGGUGCCGUCGGAGUCUGCAGCGACAUUAAGGAGAUGUUUCACCAGGUGCUGUUCCGACCCGAGGAUAGAUGUGCGCAACGAUUUCUGUGGAGAGAUGGGAAUGACCAACGGGACCCCGACGUCUACGAGAUGUGCGUGAUGACCUUUGGAGCAGCAUGCUCACCGAUCAAAGCCAUCGUGGACUACCACUACGUGGAUGACUAUGUGGGCAGCUUUGCCACAGAGAGCGAAGCUAUCGAAGUAUCUAGCAGAGUGAAGAAGAUACAUGCAGAAGGCGGUUUUGAGCUUUGCAAGUUUUCGUCCAGUUCGCCUACAGUGGAGAUGCUACAGUGGAUGCUUGGACCCAGUGAUCACGCCCAGAGUAUUGGAUGGGAUGUACAACGCCUCGUAUUUGUGGAUGCGAGUCAGUCGGCAUUCGCAUCAGUGGUCUACUGGAGGAUCACGUACGAGGACGGCGGCGUGCAAGUGAGGUUCGUGUGCGCAAAGACGAAGUGUGCACCGAUGCGAACGAUGACGAUUCCACGGUUGGAGCUGCAGGCAGCAGUUCUAGGAACGAGGUUGAUGGACACAAUCAGACAGGACCAUAGUGUGGCCAUUGCAGAGACUGUGCUAUGGACGGAUUCGAAGACAGUGCUGCGUUGGAUUGGCAGCACACACAGGCGCAACAAGCAGUUCGUAGGGAACAGAGUAGCCGAGAAUCUGGAGUCGACGAAGAUGGCCCAAUGGAGAUGGCUACCAUCCGCCGACAACGUGGCAGAUGAUGCAACUCGAGCGCAACGCGUGGACCUAAGCGAGGAGGCACGCUGGUUAAGAGGGCCGGCAUUUCUGAGGAGACCAGCGGGCAGUUGGCCAGGAACUGCUCUCACCGACGAAGCGGAUGCAGAAGGCGAAGAGGAGAUGCCGAGUGAGUUCGUGCUUGUUGGAGCGAGUGACCCGUUCAUAUCGCUGGAGAGAUUCUCAAGCUACAGGCGAUUGCUGAGGACUACGGCCUGGGUCCUAAGGUUCAUACGUCGAUGCCGUGGACAACGAGAUGAGCUGGAGAACUACGGCCUCAAUGCAGCCGAGUGUGAAGCAGCUGAGGACUUUUUAUUCCGUAGAGCACAACGUGAGGCGUUCCCCGAUGAGGUGCAGGCCGCAGAGAAGGGCUUGGACGUCGCUAAAGGAAGCGACAUAUGUGGACUGGCGCCAUACCUAGAUGGCAACGGAAUCCUGCGAGCGUAUGGCAGGAUCGAUGCGGCGCUAUGUAUACCGUACAGCGCCAGGAGGCCAGUGAUCCUCUCCCACCGGCAUGGUCUCACGGAGAUGAUUGUGCGCGACGCCCAUGUGAGGAUGAAGCAUCAAAACGUGGAUGCUACGAUGACGGAGAUCCGGACCAGGUUCUGGAUUACGAGACUGCGGAGAGUGCUUCGUAGUGUGAUCUCGGGAUGCAGCGAGUGCAUCGACUACUUUGAGCCGCUGCUAGUGACCGUUGCUCGGCACCAGGAGAAACGGUGGGUGGCCUUGUUUACGUGCCUGACGACCAGGGCGAUUCAUCUGGAACUGGCACAUGACCUGUCGACUGAGUCCUGCAUACUUGCAAUCAGGAAUUUCAUCUGCCGUCGAGGGCAUGUACAUAGACUGCGCAGCGACAAUGGCAAGAACUUCGUUGGAGCAGACAGAGAGGCCAAGAGAUUUGCGGAGAUCUUCGAACCCGAGAGGAUCCAGUCGGAGCUGUCAAGCAAAAGAAUUGAAUGGAUCUUCAACUGCUCAGCGAACCCGUCAGAGGGUGGAGUUUGGGAGCGAAUGGUACAGUGCGUGAAGAGGGUGCUACGCCACACAGUUAAGGAAGUGGCGCCGAAGGAGCACGUCCUGGAGAGUUUCCUGAUAGAGGCGGAGAAUGUCGUUAAUUCUCGUCCGCUCACCCAUUUGCCAGUGAGUGCGGACCAGGAAGUCCCUCUCACGCCCAACGAUCUCCUCAAGGGAGCAGCUUGCCCACCGGAUACCCCCGGCCUGGAUGGAGGCCUCGUCAAGGAAGGAGCUACGCGGAAGCAUACCUACCCACGCUGA